GGUCUCUCCUGAUAUCUGUAGGAAGUAUGGGACACAGCCAAGAAGAUUUCGUGCGUCUGGACUGGGAGUUACAACAAGGCAGUCAACUUCAAGCCUCUACAAGUGUCAAUGCUAGAAGUGGUUCAGACACGUUUCGAGGGUGAUGACGUCAAGUGCUGGAUGGACAUACAGCGAGGAACCUACCCGAAUACGAGCCCCAUGGACGGUAUCCUACGCAUCGGAGAAUCCCUGACUGUGAUGGUAUACCUGAAGGAGACGGGAACGAAGCUCGACGUGGCUGUGAGGGACUGCUGGGCGUAUGGAGAGCCUGAGUUCGACGAUCCUGAUACUCCGAGUCUCCAGCUAACCAGCACUGACGGCUGUCCCACGCGAAUGAAACUGAUGCACUUCUGGGCGAGGACCUAUGACACCUUCGACACAGGCGCGACCCUCAUUACCUACGCCAACAUGUCCGCUUUCAAGUUCCCAGACCGAAUGCAAGUCUUUCUCACGUGCAAUGUUGAGAUCUGCACAAAUCGCUGUGACAACCGGUGCUUGGGUGAGCCAGAUGAACCUGUCACUUUUAUCACCAAACCUGAUAUUGUGCGAGUGACUACUCCCCUUACACCCACUCGUCCACCGCCACCUGCGCCUUUCUGCCGUCCAGGUUCUAAUGAUCCUCGAUGUAAGCCAGGGAUAGUCCGUCCAGUGUGUCGCCCAGGUUCUACGGACCCUGCAUGUAGACCUACUAUACCACCUAAACCACAGUGUUAUCCUGGAUCAACUGAUCCUAGAUGUCAGGAGAUAACAACCUCCUUUACCUGUGUGCCAGGAUCAAGGGAUCCUCGGUGUCAACAGUCGACCACUUCCAGUCCCAACUGUUUUCCUGGUUCCUCUGACCCAAGAUGCACAAGAUUUACAACACCUCGUCCUCCACCAAAGCCAACAACAGCACCUCCUAACUGUUAUCUUGGUUCUCGUGAUCCUAGGUGUCCACAGCCAACAACUUAUCGUCCUAUUACCAAACCAACUACUCAGUUUACUUGUAGAAUAGGCUCAAAAGACCCAAGAUGUCAACAACCAACAACUCCAACACCAACUUUCACUCAGUUCUUCUGUGUCCCAGGAUCCAGGGAUCCUCGCUGUCCUCAACCCACAACUCCUCGACCAACACCUGCUCCAACUACACAAUUCAAUUGCCGUCCAGGUUCCAGGGAUCCAAGGUGUCCUCAGACUACUACAUCUAGACCCAGAUGUUAUCCUGGUUCAACAGAUCCACAGUGUCCAAGACCAACAACUCCACGACCUACACCCAGGCCAACUACUCAGUUUAAGUGCUUGCCAGGUUCCAGGGAUCCAAGGUGUCCUCAGACUACUACGUCUAGACCCAAAUGUUAUCCUGGUUCAACAGAUCCACAGUGUCCAAGACCAACAACUCCACGACCUACAUCCAGGCCAACUACUCAGUUUAAGUGUUUGCCAGGUUCUAGGGAUCCAAGAUGUCCUCAGACUACUACAUCUAGACCCAGAUGUUAUCCUGGUUCAACAGAUCCACAGUGUCCAAGACCAACAACUCCACGACCUACACCCAGGCCAACUACUCAGUUUAAGUGCUUGCCAGGUUCUAGGGAUCCAAGAUGUCCUCAGACUACUACAUCUAGACCCAGAUGUUAUCCUGGUUCAACAGAUCCACAGUGUCCAAGACCAACAACUCCACGACCUACAUCCAGGCCAACUACUCAGUUUAAGUGCUUGCCAGGUUCUAGGGAUCCAAGAUGUCCUCAGACUACUACAUUUAGACCUAGAUGUUAUCCUGGUUCAACAGAUCCACAGUGUCCAACAACUCCACGACCUACAUCCAGGCCAACUACUCAGUUUGAGUGCUUGCCAGGUUCUAGGGAUCCAAGAUGUCCUCAGACUACAUCCAAACCUAGAUGUUAUCCUGGUUCAACAGAUCCACAAUGUCCAAGACCAGCAACUCCACGUCCUACGCCUAGACCAACAACCCCUAGACCCACCACUCCUUUCCGUUGUGUGCCAGGUUCAAGAGAUCCUCGAUGCCCUCAAACCACAACAUCCAGUCCUGCAUGUUUCCCAGGUUCAAGAAAUCCAGGAUGCCCACAGCCACCAACUACCCCAAAACCCAGUUUUACUCAAUUCUUUUGUGUCCCAGGAUCCAGAGAUCCUAACUGUCAACCUACUACUCCUCGGCCAACACCCGCUCCAAUUACAAAAUUCAUCUGCCGUCCUGGUUCCAAAGAUUCAAGAUGUACUCAGCCAACUACAUCCAAACCCAGAUGUUAUCCUGGUUCUACAGAUCCACAGUGUCCAAGACCAACAACUCCCCGUCCUACACCUAGACCAACUACUCAGUUUAAGUGUUUGCCAGGUUCAAGGGAUCCAAGAUGUCCUCAGCCAAUUACAUCCAAACCUAGAUGUUAUCCUGGUUCAACAGAUCCACAGUGUCCAAGACCAACAACUCCACGACCUACACCCAGGCCAACUACUCAGUUUAAAUGCUUGCUAGGUUCAAGGGAUCCAAGAUGUCCUCAGACUACUACAUCCAAACCUAGAUGUUAUCCUGGUUCAACAGAUCCACAGUGUCCAAGACCAACAACUCCACGACCUACACCCAGGCCAACUACUCAGUUUAAGUGUUUGCCAGGUUCUAGGGAUCCAAGAUGUCCCCAACCAAUUACAUCUAGACCAAGAUGUUAUCCUGGUUCAACAGAUCCACAGUGCCCGAGACCAACAACCCCACGUCCUUCACCUAGUCCAACUACACAAUUUACCUGCCUUCCUGGAUCAUCUGAUCCAAGAUGUCUUCCAGCAACGACAUCCAGACCUAAUUGUUAUCCUGGUUCUCCUGAUCCAAGAUGCAGAAUUGCAACAACCCCCCGACCUAUCACACCCUUCCCUUGUACACCAGGUUCUAAAGAUCCUCAAUGUCAGGAACCCACAACACUACGUCCGGUAUGUUUCCCAGGUUCAAGAAAUCCAGUAUGCUCCCAACCAACACCUCCUCGUGCUACACCAAGACCAACAACUCCUCGCCCUACACCAAGACCAACAACUCAAUUCACAUGUGCAUUUGGUUCAAAGGACCCUCAGUGUAUUCAGCCAACAUCUCCUCCUGACUGUUAUCCUGGUUCAAGUGACCCUAGAUGUCGUGGAGUGACAACACCCCGACCAACACCUAGGCCAACAACUCCAUUCACCUGUCUACCAGGUUCAACUGACCCUCGUUGUAGACAAAUAACAAUAGCUCCUAACUGUUAUCCUGGUUCCCCUGAUCCUAGAUGCUCAGAGUUUACAACACCUCGUCCUACACCAAAGCCAACAACAGCACCUCCUAACUGUUAUCUUGGUUCUCUUGAUCCUAGGUGUCCACAGCCAACAACUCCACGUCCUACUAUCAGACCAACUACUCAGUUUACUUGUAGAUUAGGUUCAAAAGACCCAAGAUGCCAGCAACCAACAACUCCAACACCAACUUUCACUCAGUUCUUCUGUGUCCCAGGAUCCAGAGAUCCUCGCUGUCCUUCCAGACCAACUACUCCCAGACCUACAUCCAGUCCAACUACACAAUUCAUCUGCCGUCCUGGUUCCAAAGAUUCAAGAUGCCCUCCACCUACUACAUCCAAACCUAGAUGUUAUCCUGGUUCAACAGAUCCACAAUGUCCAAGACCAGCAACUCCACGUCCUACACCUAGACCAACAACCCCUAGACCCACCACUCCUUUCCGUUGUGUGCCAGGUUCAAGAGAUCCUCGAUGCCCUCAAACCACAACAUCCAGUCCUGCAUGUUUCCCAGGUUCAAGAAAUCCAGGAUGCCCACAGCCACCAACUACCCCAAAACCCAGUUUUACUCAAUUCUUUUGUGUCCCAGGAUCCAGAGAUCCUAACUGUCAACCUACUACUCCUCGGCCAACACCCGCUCCAACUACACAAUUCAUCUGCCGUCCUGGUUCCAAAGAUUCAAGAUGUCCUCAGCCAACUACAUCCAAACCCAGAUGUUAUCCUGGUUCUACAGAUCCACAGUGUCCAAGACCAACAACUCCACGACCUACACCCAGGCCAACUACUCAGUUUAAGUGCUUGCCAGGUUCAAGGGAUCCAAGAUGUCCUCAGACUACUACAUCCAAACCUAGAUGUUAUCCUGGUUCAACAGAUCCACAGUGUCCAAGACCAACAACUCCACGACCUACACCCAGGCCAACUACUCAGUUUAAGUGCUUGCCAGGUUCUAGGGAUCCAAGAUGUCCUCAGACUACUACAUCCAAACCUAGAUGUUAUCCUGGUUCAACAGAUCCACAGUGUCCAACAACUCCACGACCUACACCCAGGCCAACUACUCAGAUUAAAUGUUUGCCAGGUUCUAGGGAUCCAAGAUGUCCUCAACCAAUUACAUCUAGACCUAGAUGUUAUCCUGGUUCAACAGAUCCACAGUGUCCGAGACCAACAACCCCACGUCCUUCACCUAGUCCAACUACACAAUUUACCUGCCUUCCUGGAUCAUCUGAUCCAAGAUGUCUUCCAGCAACGACAUCCAGACCUAAUUGUUAUCCUGGUUCUCCUGAUCCAAGAUGCAGAAGUGCAACAACCCCCCGACCUAUCUCACCCUUCCCUUGUACACCAGGUUCUAAAGAUCCUCAAUGCCAGGAGCCCACAACACUACGUCCAGUAUGUUUCCCAGGUUCAAGAAAUCCAGUAUGCUCCCAACCAACAACUCCUCGUGCUACACCAAGACCAACAACUCAGUUUACAUGUGCAUUUGGUUCAAAGGAUCCUCAGUGUAUUCAGCCAACAUCUCCUGACUGUUAUCCUGGUUCAAGUGACCCUAGAUGUCGUGGAGUGACAACACCCCGACCAACACCUAGGCCAACAACUCCAUUCACCUGUCUACCAGGUUCAACUGACCCUCGUUGUAGACAAAUAACAAUAGCUCCUAACUGUUAUCCUGGUUCCCCUGAUCCUAGAUGCUCAGAGUUUACAACACCUCGUCCUACACCAAAGCCAACAACAGCACCUCCUAACUGUUAUCUUGGUUCUCUUGAUCCUAGGUGUCCACAGCCAACAACUCCACGUCCUACUAUCAGACCAACUACUCAGUUUACUUGUAGAUUAGGUUCAAAAGACCCAAGAUGCCAGCAACCAACAACUCCAACACCAACUUUCACUCAGUUCUUCUGUGUCCCAGGAUCCAGAGAUCCUCGCUGUCCUCAACCUACUACUCCCCGACCAACACCUGCUCCAACUACACAAUUCAUCUGCCGUCCUGGUUCCAAAGAUUCAAGAUGUCCUCAGACUACUACAUCCAAACCCAGAUGUUAUCCUGGUUCAACAGAUCCACAGUGUCCAAGACCAACAACUCCACGACCUACACCCAGGCCAACUACUCAGUUUAAGUGCUUGCCAGGUUCAAGGGAUCCAAGAUGUCCUCAGACUACUACAUCCAAACCUAGAUGUUAUCCUGGUUCAACAGAUCCACAGUGUCCAAGACCAACAACUCCACGACCUACAUCCAGGCCAACUACUCAGUUUAAGUGUUUGCCAGGUUCAAGGGAUCCAAGAUGUCCUCAGACUACUACAUCCAAACCUAGAUGUUAUCCUGGUUCAACAGAUCCACAGUGUCCAAGACCAACAACUCCACGACCUACAUCCAGGCCAACUACUCAGUUUAAGUGCUUGCCAGGUUCAAGGGAUCCAAGAUGUCCUCAGACUACUACAUCCAAACCUAGAUGUUAUCCUGGUUCAACAGAUCCACAGUGUCCAAGACCAACAACUCCACGACCUACACCCAGGCCAACUACUCAGUUUAAGUGCUUGCCAGGUUCUAGGGAUCCAAGAUGUCCUCAGCCAAUUACAUCCAAACCUAGACUGACAACUCCCCGUCCUACACCCAGACCAACUACACAAUUCAUCUGCCUUCCAGGUUCUAGAGAUCCAAGAUGUUCACAGCCAACAACAUCCAGACCUAGAUGUUAUCCAGGCUCGACAGAUCCACAGUGUCCAAGACCAACAACUCCACAACCUACUUCCAGGCCAACUACUCAGUUUAAGUGCUUGCCAGGUUCUAGGGAUCCAAGAUGUCCUCAGCCAAUUACAUCCAAACCUAGACUGACAACUCCCCGUCCUACACCCAGACCAACUACACAAUUCACCUGCCGUCCAGGUUCAAGAGAUCCAAGAUGUUCUCGGCCAACAACGUCCAAACCCAAUUGCUAUCCUGGUUCUCCUGACGCAAGAUGCAGAAGCCAAACAACUCCACGACCCACCACUACUUUCUUAUGUACACCAGGUUCCAAAGAUCCUCGAUGUCAACCAAGUGUUACUUGCCCACCUGGGUCAACUGAUCCUGAGUGUGUUAUUCCAGCUGAGCCAAAGUGUAUCCCUGGUACAAAUGAUCCAAGAUGUCCUACAACACCUCGUCCCUUCAGAUGCACACCAGGUUCCAGAGAUCCAAGAUGCCCUGAGUCUACUAGUCUUUCAACUCCUAAGCCAACAGUUCGCCCUACUCUCAAACCUACUACUCGUCCUACAGCUCGACCAACAACUCAAGUACAAGAUGGUACAAACCAAUUUACAUUUACAACGAAGAAGCCUAGUCAUGACCAGGACUUCCAUGGUGACAAGGAUCCCAAAUAUCAUGCUUUCCAUUCAUGGUUGUACCAGCCAGCACCACGUCCUCGUAAUCGUGUGCGAGGCCGUCGAGAGGUAGAUGAGGGCAAGUCGAUGAUGGUAAGCGUAGGUGUGCAGCAACUAGUUGAAGCACCUCAAACCAAAUCAGGACAUAUUGUUGUGGACACCGAGGGCGAGAAUCUCCUUGUGGAAAUGCCAAAUAACGGUCGCCUAGUUCUGCCACUCCGUGAUGCUCAAGCUGUGAUUGAGGAUGUACCUAUAGAGUAUGACAAUCAAAUGAUUGAGUCACUGAGACGACAUAAAAGGUUCGUUGUAGAUAAUGAAACACCUCAAAGAGUUUACUCCAGCUCAUCUAAAAACUACUCAAUACUAUCAUUAUCUGCUACUUCAGCCAUCUUGUUAUUCGGAGUUCUAGUAGGUCUUGUGGGAUUAGUAAUUGUUAUAGCACGAAAGUGGGCAGGGAGUAAAGAUACAGGUUACAAUCAGUGCAUAGAAACACUGUAGAUAACUGUAUAAUGGUUAAGGGAUAUUGUCCUCACAUUGGUUCUUUCAUCAUUUUUCAGUCUAUCCACUUCUGAUAUUAACGAUAAGUAUGUACCAAAAUUCAGCACCGCGUUAAAUUCCUUAUCAUAACCAAAUUACACUACAGUGUUUUCACUGUUGGAAGAAUAGGCCCUGAAGAGUAUUCUUUCAUUCAGCCUGCCGGCACAGGAACAUUUACUUUAAGAUUUUUAAGGUUACUUGCUAAGGAGGUUCUCUGAGCGGGCUCAGAGACUUGAGUGAUCAGAGUGAUUAUGUUAAAUUGAUGUGAUAUGUAUUUCAUAGAAAUUCGACAAAUGUGUAACUGGUAAAAAGUUUUCUUUAAGUCGGCCUGUUCCUACUUUAACUAAUACCUAAUGUGUUGACAGAAAAAAGUAGGCCUAGGUCUAUAUUGCUUGUGUUCACUACAGCCGGCUGUUACUGAGCUUCAAGCACGGUUUAAAAAGAAUCCUGAGCUGAACCGUCUGUUUGUCUUUGUAGAAUUAUGAUAAAACUAUUGGUCUUCUAAUUUCUAGAAAUAUAUUUUACACUGUGUGGUUCAUACCUCGCUUUCACUCACUCUCAUUCUCUCUCUCACUCUUACUCUCACUCUCUCUCUCUCUCUCACUCACUCACUCUCUCUCUCUCUCUCUCUCUCUCUCUCUCUCUCUCUCUCUCUCUCUCUCUCUCUCUCUCUCUCUCUCUCUCUCUCUCUCCUCUCUCUCUCUCUCUCUCUCUCGUUCUCCAUUUCAUCCUCACCUUUUCUCUUUUUCGCGGUAACCAUACGAUGUAUGAAAAAAAUGUAAAUUCUUUACAUUAUCACUUUUUAGUUGUACAUGGAAUGAGCUUAACCCUGGUUUGAGAGCUUCUGUAUACCCUAAGUAUUCAUAUUUCCAAACGAAGAAACUAAUAAAGUGGUUGAGAUAUAUGUU